AUGGAUAAGGCGCGGGCGUCCACUCUUCACGACAUUGUCGUCGACUACGUAAUCAACAAUGCGUACGCCGGAACAGCCUCCGUCCUCUCCCGCACCCCGGUGCCGGGAUCUCCCUCCUCCUCCCCGACGCCGCAGGAAGCCCCCUCCGCCCCAGCCCCAAGCCUGAUGGAGCAGCUGGCCGAACGCUCCAAACGAGCAGAGGCAAUGGACGUCGACGAAACCCCCGAAACCCUCUCCCCAACCGUACUGGAACGCCUGGCCAGACGUAGGGAGAUUAUUGAGUACAUUCUCUCUGGGUCGAUCGCGCCCGCUGUCGACGCUUUGAACGCCCACUUCCCCGCCGUCCUCACCCCAGUCCCAGCGACUAGUUCACCUAGGGCGCGGGGAGCAUCGCACGCAACCCCGGUUUUCGCAAAGAGUACAGAGCCAGAACACAUCGCUCUCAACCUCCAAAUACAGAGCUUUAUCGAACACUUUCGCCAGAUUGUACCCUCGGCGCCUUCCUCGCCUACGAGCAGCAUCGGAAGCCUGAAUGGCAGCUCGUCUGCCCCGUUAGAUGCCGCGCUUAACGUACUUGCAGCGAUUAAUACCGCGGCGUCCAAGUUGCCGUCUUACCCGCGCAGCGUCUAUCUCCAAGAGUUCCGCGAUGUUGGUGGCCUUCUCGCAUACACCAACCCCGAGAAUAGCGAGCUCGCGGGAUUCCUCGACCAGAAGCGCCGCGUCGCACUCGCGGCACAGGUCAAUGCUGCUAUUCUGCACUCUGAGGGCCGCGCAACCCAGUCGUACCUCGAGCAAAUUGCUCGCCGUACAUCAGCAAUCUACGAGACGAUUACGGAGAAGGACAUCGACCCCCAGCCCGUCUGGGCCGGCACGGACCUCAAGGGCGCCGGUGCGGCAUACCGAAUCUCGGAGCAGCUCAAGCGCCGGCCCUUCCAGAAGGGUGGCUUCAACCUGCACGAGUACGUGUGGGAGAUGGCGUAG